CGCACGUAUUUCCUUUAAGGGGAAUAACUCUUACCGUACAGAAUCUUUGCGGAAGUUGACGUAACUACGGAAACAUUAUAAAUUGACAGGUGCGACAGGAUAGUUCGCUGACAACAUACAAGAUUUUGUUUUAGCGAGGGUAGUUCAUCUUACAAACUCACAAUGCCGCGCCCAAGGUCAGCACGGUCGGACAACAGUGAUGCCGACAUGGAGGGACUUGCAGAGCAGGAAUUGGUGAAGUUACAAAGACAGUACCGUAUCAUGGAGGGUGACAGAGCUGCUUACACAGAGGAGUCACAGAAUAUCAUCAGAAAACAGAAGGGAGAAAUUGGGCACUUGGAAGGCGAGAAACAAGAGCUGUUGAAGGAGCUCCGUCUUGCAGAGAGCCGUAGUAACCAGGUGAUGGAUGAGGACCAUACUGAAACACUGUUCACGCUUGCUGAAGCUAAAGAUGAUUAUAAGAAAGAGAGUGAAGAAGAGAAGAAGAAAAGUUCCGAGCUCGAUGCCAAAAUCCGGGAGUGGGAGAGAAAGAUUAAGCAACAACACCGUAACAUGGGCGGAGUUCAUAUGAGUGCCCAGCAUACAGUACAGACACAGAAAACCAUGAGGACAUUAGAGAAUAGACUUGAUCAAUCCAAAAAGAAGUUCAAUACAAUUCUGACAGAGAAUGCUCGCAUGAGGGAUGAGAUUGAGUGUUUACGCUGUGAGAGAACAAGAUUUGAUGCCCUCUACAAAAAGCUUGACAAAGAACUGACGGCCCUGAGACGCCAGAAAGGGCAGUGUAUCGAGGAAUCCACUCAGGCGUAUGAUGCUCGUGACGAUGCUCAACAGAAGAUGAUUAUACUGAAGGAGAAGGCGGACAAAGACCUUCAACAACAUAAUGCUGAGAUGAAGGAAUUGUUACGUAUCAUUGACCAUGAGCGUACCCUCCGUGGAUUCAUGGGUAUUAAGGGCCAAGAGAGGCAGGAAGACCCUCAGCUUGUUAUCUGGAGACAACGAAAAGAGGCCCUGGAGAUGGAGCGUAAGAAGGAGAGCCAAGAAGACUCAGUGGAGACGUUUGAAGCCGCAUUUGAGAGAAUUAAGGAAAUGACAGGCUUAGAGGAUCUUGAUGAACUUGUGAGAAGGUUUAUAGAAGUUGAGGACAAGAAUUUUGCACUGUUCAACUUUGUUAAUGAGCAGAACAAUGAAAUCGAACAGCUGAUUGAUGAUAUUCAGGGGAUUAAAAAUGAGAUAGAAAAGUUCAAGUUACAAGGCAUUGAACUGGAAGAUCAGCGCAAGAAGAUACUGAAAGAGCUGGAAGAUAAACAAACACGCUCCUCUAAGGAUGCAGAUGAAUAUGAAAAGAAACACACUGAAAUAUCUAAAAUCGUAGAUCAGUUAAGAAGAGGAAUUGAGUCAUUAUUCAACAAGAUAAACUGUGACAGAUCUGCAAUUGACGAUAUGCUUGGUGCUGCCACCGGUGUUACUGAUAACAACAUGAUCCAAUAUCUCGGCAUAAUUGAACAGAGAACUAACGAAUUACUUGCCAUACAGAACUAUGUGGCCACAAAGGAUAUGGAUAGAUAUGAGAAGGGACCAAGUUUGAUCGGAGAAGGACCCUCUGCUCCACAGCCAUCAUUCCCUGUUAUACCUCCUUCAGUCGGGGAUGAGUACGAUAGUGAUGGAUCGGAGCAGAGUGAAGAUGAUGCACGACCUAUGACCAGGAAUGAAUUACAGAAGAAAGUUAUGAAAACUGUCAAAAAGCGGGAAUCGGCUGCACGAAAGGAAGGAUUUCGAUACGAUCUAACCACAAAUGUUAAAUCAAAGGGGAAGAAAGACAAAAAGUAAAAAUAUUGAAAUGAAAUUAACAUUGACAUGAAUUAAUCCAAAGUGCAGUUUUAAAGUUUAAUUGUAAAUAACAGUAGUGAAAAAUUACGUUAUAUAAAUUUUAUGCUUAAGAGUUUUUAUUUACAUAAGUUCUGUUCAGAAUCCGGAAGCUGUAUAAAAUAUUUAUAGCCAGUAUUUACACCACUUGCAUAACAUACUGUUAUCACCACACUUCUUUCUUUGCUUUUUUGCAAAUUUAAUUGUGCUUUAAACUUAUUUUGUAUCAGUUUUAUAGAAACCAUGGAUACAUGAUUACUGCUUUGUUUUAGUUAAAACUUUUCAGUCAUGAUAUUCUGCUUUAUUGAUCAUGCCAACAAAACCAGAUGUAUAAAAAUAAAAUUAACUGUCAAAUGCUUAUUUACAAAUAUUAUUUACACUAAAUAUAUUGCUUUAAAAAAUUGUAUUAAAAACAAUAAUUCCAUUGUUAUAUUUUUUCUGUGAUAUUUGUUUUAGAUUUAAUUUAGUAUUUGAUUAUUCAAAUAAAAACAUGGAAAACAUUCA